UCCUGUUUAUUUGUUGCAAUCUUCCUACUUUUGGGUGUUUUUAAGCGAUAUAUUUUUGUGUCACCAGUUACUGUUGAUGACCUGGUUAUUAUUGACAGUGCAACAAUUACAGGAUGUUCUAUUUUUAUGGUUAUAUCUAUUCUAUAUAUUAUCGUUCCUGUGAGGGAUCUUAGGAACUGUACUUAUCCUACACAUUGUAGAGGAAGAAGAUUUGGGUUUUAUAAACCCUAUUUUUUAAUACACUCGCAAUAGUAUUUUCUACAAUUAUGAUGACGGACACAUUGAAUUCUAACCAUGUGAUGGCUUUGUCAGGCAAAGUUGAUAUUGACACCAAAAUGGAUGACAUGGGCUGGAAAGCGAAACUCAAGAUUCCACCCAAGGAUAGAAGAAUACAGACCAGUGAUGUGACUGAUACCAGGGGAAACGAAUUUGAAGAAUUCUGCUUAAAGAGAGAACUACUAAUGGGUAUUUUUGAAAAAGGUUGGGAGAAACCGUCUCCUAUUCAAGAAGCUUCUAUUCCAAUUGCGUUAUCUGGCAAGGAUAUUCUUGCAAGGGCAAAAAAUGGCACAGGCAAAACUGGUGCAUACAGUAUUCCCGUAUUGGAACAGAUUGAUCCCAAGAAAGACUGUAUACAAGCACUCAUCAUAGUGCCUACUCGAGAGCUCGCGCUUCAAACGUCACAGAUAUGCAUCGAGCUCGCUAAGCACUUGGACGUGCGUGUGAUGGUAACGACCGGUGGGACAAAUUUAAGAGAUGACAUAAUGCGCAUCUACCAGAAAGUACAAGUUAUUAUAGCAACUCCCGGCCGCAUUCUCGAUCUGAUGGAAAAGGGUGUCGCCGUAAUGGACCAGUGCAAGAUUCUAGUUUUAGACGAGGCCGAUAAGCUUCUCUCACAAGACUUCAAAGGGAUGCUCGACACUGUGAUAAAGAACUUACCACAAGAGAGACAAAUAUUGUUGUUCUCCGCCACGUUUCCUCUCACAGUUGAACAGUUCAUGCGAAAACAUCUCAGAGAUCCGUACGAGAUUAAUCUCAUGGAGGAGCUCACUCUUAAAGGUGUUACGCAAUACUAUGCGUUCGUUCAAGAACGUCAGAAAGUACACUGUUUAAAUACUCUGUUUUCAAAGUUACAAAUAAACCAAAGCAUAAUAUUUUGCAAUUCCACGCAACGUGUUGAAUUAUUGGCGAAGAAAAUCACCGAACUUGGUUAUUGCUGCUACUACAUUCACGCCAAGAUGGCACAAGCGCAUCGCAACAGAGUAUUCCAUGAUUUUCGAGCUGGUCUCUGCCGAAAUCUAGUCUGCUCUGAUCUUUUUACAAGAGGUAUUGAUGUGCAAGCCGUCAACGUCGUCAUCAAUUUCGACUUUCCCAAAAUGGCAGAGACGUAUCUUCACCGUAUUGGUAGAUCUGGAAGAUUCGGGCAUUUGGGCAUUGCCAUCAACUUGAUCACCUACGAUGAUCGAUUCGCGCUUCAUCGCAUCGAACAAGAAUUGGGAACGGAGAUCAAACCGAUCCCGAAAGUGAUUGAUCCCAAGUUGUACGUGGCCAAACUAAUAGACGACGAAGAUACUCCAGAAGAAAACGCCAAGUAACGCGAAAAUAUCACAGAUAACUGUACAUAUUAAACAACGUACUUUUCCGAAGAAUUAAAUUUCAGUUGAAGACUUUUUUUAUACUAAAAAAUGUGAGAAAAAUGUGUUUCUGGCAAAAAGGGUGAUAUACUGAGUUAUUUAAAUACAAGAGAUUCUGCACCUAGUACUCAACUUAUCACAGUGAUUUAUACAUUUGGGGCCUAAGCAUUAAAUCGCAUAAAUUGUUACCCGUGCGCAUUUAAAGCUACAAAAUUUUACAGUUUGCUAUUUUACAACACCAUGAAGUUCGUCAUUUAACAUCUGAAUCUCCGCGAACUUGAUGGCGGCGUAAAACUCCACUGUGAUACGUUCGAGUCGUUGUUGCAGAUCUACUUCUUAAACUAUAAGUUGAACAGUGUGAACUUUGAUAGUGAAAAACUAAAAAAUGUGUAAAAACUGAGACAAGACUCCUAAGUGUGCUAAUAAUGUGACUUGGGUUCAGGGAAAGAGAAGAAAGAAGGGGAGUGAAAGUGCUCCAAUUUUUCCAAGGAGAUUCUGACCACGAUUCGGUGGGGCCUUACGAAUUGUGGCGUGUACACAAGUAUUGUGAAAAAGGUCCACUAAAAAAUUCUAAUUAGGGGAUGUCCAAAAUUAUAUUUUAAUCUUACAAAAAUUGCGAAUUUUAAAGACUUGUUUCUCAUUUUUACUAAAGGGGGGGUUAUUUAUGACGUCAUUGUGGUAAAUGUAUGCAAAAAUUUCAUUUUUCUUGCUUUAUAUACGGUCUUAUUUAUUUUUAUACUGUUGGGUAACAAAUUUUUGCAUACAUUUAACAUUUAAAUAUUUUGUUAAAAAAAAUUAAAAAAACGUGAGGAGUGUUACACAUAGCUAAAAUUGUAUUAAGUUUAUUCUAUAUUAAGUUGUCUAAAGGUUCAAUCUUAAUAACUGUGGUCAUUAUACAAAAUAGUCAACUUUGUCUUGGUUACUUUAUCAUAUUCUUUUUUAUAUUAUUGCUGUAAUUUUUUUUCAAAAAAUAAAUGCUCUUCACACACAA